CUCUGUUCAAAUGGUUUCAGUUUGUUCGAUCCAGAAGUGCUCCCGUUAAUGGACCCAUUCUUUGUCAAAAAGCCACUGAAAUUGCUCAAAAGUUGGGCCAUGAAACCUUCAAACCAACUGAGGGUUGAUUUAGUAGGUGGAAGAAGAGGUAUUUGAUCUCUUUCAAGAAAUUGCAAGGCGAGGCAGCCUCGGCAGAUGUCCAAGGAGCUAAGGACUGGAUGAGCAAAAACUUGGAUUCCAUUCUGGACAAAUAUCAUCCCAGUGAAAUCUAUAACUGUGACGAGACGGGAAUUUACUUCCGGGCUCUUCCUGACAGCACAUAUGUCGAAUCAAAUCAAAAAGCUGAUGGACGAGGUUUCAAGACUGCCAAAGAUCGAAUUACAGCACUAGUUUGUUGCAACUUAGCUGGGGAAAAGGAGAGACUCCUAGUCAUUGGAAAGUCCAAAAACCCAAGAGCUUUCAAGAAUAUCAGAAGCUUUCCAGUCAGCUAUGAUUCUUCCAAAAAUGCUUGGAUGACAGGAUCAAUUUGGAUGAAUUGGCUCAAGGAAUGGAAUGGACAUUUAAGGAAGAAAAAAAAGAAGAUCCUUUUGCUCGUGGAUAAUUGUUCAGCCCAUGUGCUAGAUGAACUGUCUCAAAUCAAAGUCAUGGCUCUCCCUGCAAACACAACAUCCAUCAUGCAACCCUGUGAUAUGGGUAUAAUCAGAACACUCAAGGCUCAUUUUAGGACCGAAAUGAGACGCUCCAUUCUCGAUCUUUUGGGCGACGAAAAUGACAAUAAUCUGACAAGUUUAAGGGCUAAUGACGUCACGAAGAAAAUGACCAUUCUUGAUGCAAUGCAUAUGCUGUCUGGAGCCUGGGCCAAAGUUUCUUCCCAGACAAUCAUCAACUGUUGGAAAAAAGCCGGAUUUUACAACGAUAUUGAUGUCAUCACUGCUCAACAAACCUCAACUGUCGAUGAGUUUCAACCAAACAAUCUUCAGAUGACCCGAAAAGAGUUUGAGAAUUGGGUGGACAUUGACAACAACAUUCAAGUUGCAUUAGAGUUAUCAGAUGAACACAUUUUGGACAGCAUCAUUGAAGGAGAGAAGCAGGACAAUGAGGAGGAGGAGGAGGACGUGGAUAAACCUCCAGAAGAGGAAGAGGAAGAAACGCCCAUGAAGAACUCAGAAAUCCGCCAAUGUCUAAAGAAAAUCCGAAGAUCAUUAGAAGUUAAGGGCUUUGAAGAUAUGGCUAGUGUCAGUCAGCUUGAAUCCAAAAUUUCGGAUUUCAUUUGGAAUCAACCUCAAAUUCAAAAAAAUAUCGAGGAUUAUGUAUCGCCCAAAAAUGCCGUCAAAUACAUAUAGCUUCAAACAGUAAGUUUUGGACUUUGUCUUGCUUGAUUUUCGGUUUUUUUUCUCGUUUUUUGCGGGUUUUAGAUAUGAUUUUUUGCGGCACCGCUUAUUAGGCCCAACCGCUUAAUAAGCCC